GCAUGGUCUUCAUGUUCACCAUUUCCUUCCUUUCUUCAUGUAGUGGUUUUGUUUCACAUUUUUCCUUUCAUAAACAUGCAUUCCCACCCCUUUUCACCGCAACACGAACCACCGUCGCUCUACUGCACCCCGUCCCACUCGAGAGUCGCCACGCCAUCCCCACUACCCCGUGGUUUUUCCCAUAUGAACCCAUCAAAACAAACCAUGCUGACACCAACAUCAAGCCAAAUACAAACACAAACACAGACGCCAACUCAAACAUCCGAGCUUCUUUACCAAAGUUUUCCUAAAACAAGAUACAGAUUGUUGUUAAGAGACCACCGGACAACAGAUCCAAGGAUUUGGUGUUGUGCUAUCGUUUGUUUGAUCUUUAGUAUACUUGUAAUCUUGUUUGGACUCACAACUUUGAUCAUCUUUCUUGUUGUCAAGCCUAAGAAUCCUGAAUUUGACACCAACCAUGCGAGUCUUAAUGUCAUAUACUUUGAUUCGCCAGGGAAUUUCAAUGGAGACUUCACUUUUCUUGCGAAUUUCUCAAACCCCAACAGGAAACUUCACGUGAGAUUCGAGUAUGCAGUCCUGCAACUAUAUUUUGACAACAAUUUGAUUGCGAAUCAAUCUAUUAAACCGUUCAGUCAGAGGCAAAAGGAGACAGGUGUGGUCAAGAUUCACUUCAUAUCGAGUUUAGUUUACCUACCAUUAAGUCAUGCAAUGGAGCUUCAACGGCAGGUGUUGAGCAACAAAGUUAUGUAUACCGUGAAAGGGACUUUUAGAGUAAGAGUGAGUUUCGGUUUGAUUCAUUUCUCUUACCGGUUGCACAGUCAAUGCGAGUUGCAGAUGAGUAGUCCACCAUCUGGUGUCCUCAUGGCAAGAAGCUGCAAGACUGAGAGAUGAAAAUUAUUAUUAUUAUUAUUGUUCAUCUCAUUUCUACUUUUGCUUUCCUUCAAUAGUUCGUCUGGAGAUCUAAAGUGACUCAGUCGGACUUUCUUUCAUGUGUAUAAUUCACUAUUUGGCACUAUAUAUACCUACACACAAAAAAAACUUUCUAUAUCAAA